UGGUGGCGGCUGGCUGCUAGCUGCUGUGGGAAAACGUAGCGAAGGCCCGUUCCCACGCGCCACACACCUGGCCCUGGUAUAUAGGCGGGUCGGCCCCUCCACCCGCCAUUCCAACACUGUCCGCCGAGCUGUUCACAUCGCUCUACACUCCGUGCUGCCGUGUGUGUGCUGCUGUGUUAUCAGUGUUAGUGUUGUGCCCCUUGUGGAUACUUGGUGAAUAUGCUUCACGAGACCAUGAUCACUUCUGUUGACAUCGACCAACUGCAACCCAUCUCGAGAACCUAUCAAUACAGAAAGGUUAUGAAGCCUAUGCUGGAACGCAAGCGACGGGCACGUAUCAACCGAUGCCUGGACGAACUGAAGGAGCUGAUGGUAACCGCUCUCCAGGCCGAGGGCGAGAACGUCAGCAAGCUGGAGAAGGCCGACAUCCUGGAGUUGACUGUCCAGCACCUCCACAAGCUGCGGCGUCAGCAACGACUCGCCGCCAACCCCGUGACCGACGCCGACAGAUUCCGAGCAGGGUUCACCCACUGUGCCACUGAAGUGUCGCGGUGCCUCGCCUCCACCCCCGGCGUCGACGUCAGGCUCGGUACCAAGCUCAUGACUCACCUCGGUCACCGCCUGAACGAGAUGGACCGUCUGUCCCCCUUGUCAGUUCGAGUGGUGGACUCUGCCUCCCCCGCACCCAGCUCGCCCGCGUCCUCCACCUCCAGCAGCCAUUCCUCCGCCAGCUACAGCAUGCCCUUAACCCCCGCCUCCUCAGAGAGCUCCCUGGACGGUCUGCUCAAGGUGGUCGACAUGUCCGUCAAGACCCGCGUCUCCGAGCCCGUCUGGAGACCCUGGUAAUCCCUGGAGAUUCUGCUAAACUUUGAACAUCCCCCAUCGUCUUUCAUGUUGAAUCUCAUUAGGCUAGGAUAGAUUUUGCUCUUUAAAGAUUUAAAGUAUUUUUAUAUAUAUUAUUUUUAAAACGAUUUGUUCAAAUCUUUAACCAUUGUUGACUUUUUGAGAUGAUCGGAAUUAUAGUGCAAAUCAUGUUUAAUUCAACACACUUUUCACGAUUGUUUACAGAAUAUAACAAAAUUGAUUCGUUUCAAGAAUUGAAAUCUGCAAAUUGUUUUGUUCUAAUUGUUUAGCAUCUUUAAAAAUAGCUAUUUUUAAUAUUCAGCCAUUGUCUAUAGUUUUUUGUUAUUGCUAAGAAAUGUUUCCAAUCAAACGUGUAAUGUUAGUAAUUGUUAUUAAUCACUAAUAUCUUUUUGACCUAAUGUUAAUAAUUGUUAUUGAUCAGUUGAAUUUCAAGUAUUAUUUGUUAAUCUUUGUAUCUUAUCAGUUCUGUUAUUUAAUUUACAAUGUUAAACAAACUGUUUUAGCAUUGUUGUGUAGGGUUUCAAUUGGGUUAGACCUGUUUUUAUUGUUUUCAUUUAAAAAGUUCACAAUCUACAUAAUACAAUUUUAACAUUUUAUAAUGUAUAAUGAAGUUAUUUUAGCCUCUUUCUGUAAUGUAUGAUUAAGUUUAUUGUUGACAUUCAUCAAUUGUGCCUUGUUCUGUAAAUAGUGUGUUGUAGUUUGGAUAUUAGCUUUAGAGAGUUUUUAUUUUUCAAUCAGCGUUUAUUUUUCAAAUGUGUUAAAAGUUUUUAUUGUGUUCAUGAGCUAACGCUGAUGUGAUAAGACUGCAAACUGUGAUAUGUAUAUUGUUAUAACAAAGAUUUAUUGAAUGUAUUACAAGCUUGCCUGUGAUACAAUAAAAUUUUAUUUCAAUCAAAA